AUGGUGCUAACUACGGAUGAAGACUAUCUGAUGACGAAGGAUGAACGUACACAGCAUCAGAUGGAAGCGAUGGCGGUUUGGUGCGCCAUGAUACUUCGCUCGCAGUACGAAGAUGACGAAUUUGACAUUGGAAGCACCAAACACGAAGCGAAUAAAAUGCUGCAAGACCUUCUUACGAAGUCAAAGACACGCAGGGCUAGUUUAACAACGGAAAACAGCAAACCCUUCAAAUAUGCUGAUUAUCUUAAAAAACAGAAGAGGGACUCCAUUCGAGAGAGCGCAAAUCGUCUCUUCAACUCAUCACAAGUGCCAUUCCUGAUCCGAGGCGCUGUGAGCAGCAAAGUCUUUUCAGUGCGUGCGGAUUGCUGCGUUUAUUCCGAUUUGCGCCUGCAAACAACACUACUUCGUUUGUUUCUUUCUUUUCAUCCAGCAUGGUUACAUUUAGGAUUAGAAACUGUAUAUAACAACGAGAUCAGAGUAAAUGAAGGCGAAGUGUUUGCGCAAGUUAUCAGCCGUUUCAUCGUGCAGCGCCUAUUCUCGGACCCCAAAAUCAUGAAGAAUAAGAAAUACGCUAUUGGCAGUGGGAAGUUGAUUGUAACAGAUGCAGGUCGUGAAAAACUGCAUUCACACUUCUUGAUUCACACCUGCUUGUUUUGUUAUUUUGUGGAGACGGCAAAAGCAAACUUUAUCAUCAAGCACAAUCCUAGGAUGUUCGCGAAAUCUUCAUCGUUCAAGUGCAUGGAUGAUGUAUUCGCCGAGUUGAGCCGAGAAGUUUUGUCCGGAAGUGGGAUACCACUGAACAAAGCAUUUGCGAAAAUGGGCUUCAGGCCAACUUAUAAGCAGGGUUUUGUUGAUGACUAUGAUUAUACGGUCAAAGAUUUUUCGGAUUUUACCGACGGAGUAAUUCUAGGGUAA